GGGUGUGAACACCUUUUCUCCGGAGGGAAGGCUGUUCCAAGUGGAGUAUGCCAUCGAGGCCAUUAAGCUCGGCUCCACGGCCAUCGGGAUCCAGACCUCGGAGGGCGUCUGCCUGGCCGUGGAGAAGAGGAUCACGUCCCCGCUGAUGGAGCCCAGCAGCAUCGAGAAGAUCGUGGAGAUCGAUUCCCACAUUGGGUGUGCCAUGAGUGGCUUAAUAGCUGAUGCAAAGACUUUAAUUGAUAAAGCAAGAGUGGAGACUCAGAAUCACUGGUUCACCUACAACGAAACCAUGACAGUGGAGAGCGUGACACAGGCCGUGUCCAACCUGGCGCUGCAGUUUGGGGAGGAGGACGCAGACCCAGGGGCGAUGUCUCGUCCGUUUGGUGUCGCGCUGCUUUUUGGAGGAGUCGAUGAGAAGGGACCCCAGCUGUUUCACAUGGACCCCUCGGGGACGUUUGUUCAGUGCGAUGCCAGAGCCAUCGGCUCCGCCUCGGAAGGCGCACAGAGCUCUCUGCAGGAGGUUUACCACAAGUCAAUGACGCUGAAAGAAGCGAUCAAAUCUUCCCUCGUCAUCCUGAAACAAGUCAUGGAGGAGAAGCUGAACGCCACCAACAUCGAGCUCGCCACGGUGGAGCCGGGGAUGAAGUUCCACAUGUACACGAAAGAGGAGCUUGAGGAGGUCAUCAAGGAUAUUUGAGAAGCAGAGAGACCCCCCCCUCCAAGGCUCCUUCCCGCCCCAUCGGGGUUCCUCCCGGCGCCCGUGAUUUUAUUUUCCAGCAGCAUCCGUAAUUGCUCUUGAGGUUUUUUUUACAGUUUCUGUACAUAACUGAUCUCUACAACAAGAGGCGAUGAGAAUAAAUCAUUUUAUUACUCUA